ACAUUUCUAUUGGCUGGCUGACUUUGUGGAUGAAAUUGAAAUGAGCGUUUGAACUGCCUCCUAGCUGGACCUGUGCUGCUAAUUUUUCUCAUAAAAAACUGUCGAUCUAUUCGCCGAGGUCCGAGCUAUUAAUGUAUUAGCUAUUGGUUCUAUGAUGGGGGAUCACAUCGAGCUUCAGAUCACUCCAGAGACUCCAGGUAGGCCUUCCAUCAGAAAUCCCUUUGAGAGUCCCAAUGACUACCACCACCUGAGGGAACCACUGGUUCCCAGCCCGUCUGUCUUCAAAUCCAAGCCCUGCAAGGCUACCCCGCCUAAGUUUAACUGGUCUAUUGAUGAAAUGGCCAGUCUUUUACCAGUGCACAUAGACCCGGAGGAAAUCCAGCGACAGUCAUUCUACCUCAGCCAGACGAGGAUGGAUUCUGAGAUUGAGGAAAAAUGUCAGAAUGCUAUUGAGCAGUUUUUCACUAAAGGAGCUAUUGUGCCUUCCCCCUGGGCAGCACCAGAAACCCGUAGAGCCCCUCUCCUGCACAAGAAAAGUCCAUUUUCUGCAGCAAUCUCAGAGGAGUCAGAAAAUGUCUCAGUUGCCUGCCAGACGACCCUUUCGCUACCUUUGGCUUUUGAUUUGGAGAAAUUACUCGGAGAAUACUAUCGCUAUGAGGAGGCAUGUGAUGCCGUGCAGGAGAGCCUCAGUUCUUCCUCCUUGAGACGAAAACUCUUCCUUGAUGGUCAGUUCAGUUACAGCAGUUCUGACAGCUCCACCCCGCCGAGCCCUGAGAGAGCUAAAGGUAGACUGGUAGGGUCGUCUCCACACAGAGGAGGAGCUGUAGCAAGAGGUGAAAGUAUUGAAGGGGAAGCUCUAAAAUCUGUCUUUUCGUCACCUCUGGCCUGCGGCAGGUCGUCCCAGACUCCCUCUACGGGCCAGUUCUCAUCUAGUCCUAUCCAGCAGAGCUGCUUCAGAGACUGCAGCCUGGGCAGCAUCAGCAGUCCUCUGUUUCCUGAUAAGUCAUCUCCUGCUGGUCGCAUCUCCCCGACUGUUUCUCCAAUUCUUCACAUGGCACAGACUCCCAUAGGCUCAGGUGAGCGGAAACAGCAAAGCAACUUUACCCCACAUGGAGGUCUGCUGGGUGCAGAUGUUGCCCUCACUGAGAGUCCAUUUGUCGAAGGAUGCUCCCCGAUUCAGAGCUGCUCCCCUCUCCAACUCCAUUACCUGCAUGAUCCCCGACACACUUCCAGACCCAAGCCCAGACCCAGAGUCCGCUGCUGGGCUUCCCCUCCCCUGAUCUCGGCAAUCCUUAACCCAAAUCUCCAAGACAAUCAGGAGGCUGAAGAACACUCUGUUACCACUUCCUCAUCUUCCCUCCCAGCCAUGGAACUAGAUCCAACAUCACCUCUGGCAACAGAUGGGCACUGUGCUGCCCCUGAGAGAAUUAACCUGGAAACUAUUGAGGAUGUAAAAAUGGAAGAAAGAAAAAAUCUGGUACUAAAAAACAGGCUGGAGGAGGAUGAGGAAGAAGGUGGAGGCCCUUCAGGACAACUGACCAGCUCCCGUAUGGGAAAUGUGUCAGCAACGGAAAGCUCUCAGAUGUUUGUGUCUAUUCUGGCAGAAGGAAGCAGCAUUCGCUACGACUCCAGCAUGCAGGUGGACAGUGGCUAUAACACCACCUCAGCUGGCACCGCUAGCCUCAUCGAUGGCAUCAGCUCAGACUGUCACAGCAAAGAGUCCCUCAGCUCCCACCUGGUAGAAGAAGCGUUUCCCCUUUCUCGACUCCAUAAAGUUAAGGCAUUUUAUCCGCCCCACUGCCACAACGGAUUGCUCCAUUAAAAGGGACGCUCUUCCAACGAAAGCCUAUGAUGAUUACUUUGUUCUGAGUUUCAAGAAAAACUCGUUUUGAAAUGCUGAUUAACACUUACCAGGAUCUUAUGCUGUGAAUGAAACUACAGGGCAACAGAUACCUGACUGACAACAAAUACUCUAUGCCUGUAUGGUUUAUGUAUUUAUGUUUCAGCCAUUCUGUAAACCACUGAAAUCUGAUUAUUUGUCAUAGUUUUUGAUUAAAAUGUAGUGGUUUGAUAAAAUUGGGAAUUUUUUUCAGAAAAAGUCUUAAACUUGUACCUGAAUGACCUUUUUGAAUGCUGUAUUGAUGCCUGUGGCAGAAUUGCAAUUUUAAUUGGUGCUAAUGGGAUCAACUUGAUGGAUCAGAUGACAGACUUGUACUGUAUUUAUAUUUUUAUAAAACUGUAUAAUUUUUUUUAUAAAGUUCUUUCUUGUUAGUACAAUCAAUAUUUGUCUAAAUCAGACUGUCUUUGGGUCUUAUUUGUAAUUUUGCAAUAAAUACACAGGAUGAACAAAUUAUGCCAUUAAAUAAGAGUUGAAAAAUUGAACUCUUUUAUUUUGAAACAGUUUUGAAUGGGAAUUUCACAUUAAAAUACCUGAAAUUCUUCA